CUGCAUGUAAGUCUCAUCUGACACUUUACUUAUUCUGAGAUUGGAAAUAACCUGCUGCACAGCUGCAUAGAUCAAAUGGUUGAAGCAGUGCCUGAGUCCAUCCACUUCCCCACAGAGGAAGAGCUCAUCCUGCAGUUCUGGGAGGAGAAAGACUGUUUCAAAGAGUGUCUCAAGCAGUCCAAGAACCGGCCUAGGUACACAUUCUAUGAUGGUCCGCCCUUUGCCACUGGUCUGCCUCACUAUGGUCACAUCCUAGCUGGAACCAUCAAGGACAUUGUGACCAGGUUUGCCCACCAGAGCGGCUUCCAUGUGGACCGGAGGUUUGGCUGGGAUUGCCAUGGGCUGCCUGUGGAAUAUGAGAUUGAUAAGUCUUUGAACAUCAAAGGACCUGAAGAUGUUGCCAAGAUGGGAAUAGCAGAGUACAAUAAACAGUGCCGGAAUAUUGUCAUGAGAUAUGCCGGCGAGUGGGAGACGUCAGUGAGGAGAAUGGGACGCUGGAUUGACUUCAAGAAUGACUAUAAGACCCUUUACCCCUGGUUCAUGGAGACUGUAUGGUGGGUGUUUAGGCAGUUGUAUGAUAAAGGUCUUGUCUACAGAGGGGUGAAGGUCAUGCCAUUCUCCACCGCCUGCAACACGCCUCUCUCCAACUUUGAGGCCCAUCAGAACUACAAGGAUGUGCAGGACCCAUCAGUGAUUGUGAACUUCCCUCUGUUGGAGGACGAGAAUGUGAGUUUCAUUGCAUGGACCACCACUCCAUGGACUCUACCCAGCAACCUGGCCCUGUGCGUCAACCCAGACUUCAUCUAUGUAAAGGUCAAAGAUAACAGCUCAGAGAAGAUCUACAUCAUGAUGGAGGCCAGACUGAUCGCACUCUUCAAAUCUGACAGUGAAUACACCAUCCUGGACAAAUUUCCUGGCAAGACCCUGAAGGGGAAAAAAUACAAGCCUCUCUUCGAUUACUUCAUCAAGUGUAAGGAGAAUGGAGCGUUCUCUGUUGUCGUGGAUAACUAUGUGCGGGAUGAUGAUGGUACAGGAGUCGUUCAUCAGGCCCCGUACUUUGGAGCUGAUGAUUUCCGUGUCUGCAUGGACUACAAAAUUAUCCAGAAAGACUCCGUUCCCAUCUGCCCUGUGGACCCGUCUGGUCUCUUCACUUCAGAGGUCACUCACUUUGCUGGUCAACACGUGAAGGAUACAGACAAAUACAUUAUCAAGUGGCUGAAGGAGAAUGGUCGUCUUGUGAAUGCCAGCUCUUUAAAGCACAGCUACCCAUUCUGCUGGAGGUCGGACACGCCUCUGAUCUAUAAAGCAGUGCCCAGCUGGUUUGUGAGGGUUGAACACAUGGUGGAAAAUCUCCUGGAGAACAACAGCCAAUGCUACUGGGUUCCUGAGUUUGUGGGGGAGAAGCGUUUUGGUAACUGGUUGAGGGAUGCACGAGACUGGGCGAUCUCUCGGAACCGCUAUUGGGGGACGCCUAUUCCGCUGUGGGUCAGUGAUGACUAUGAAGAGGUGGUGUGUGUGGGCUCCCUGGAUGAGCUAGAAGAACUGACAGGAAUGAAAGUAUCAGAUAUUCACAGGGAGAGCAUUGAUAGUUUGACUAUCCCAUCUCGCUGUGGGAAAGGCCAACUCAAGAGAGUCCCGGAGGUGUUUGACUGCUGGUUCGAGAGCGGCAGCAUGCCUUACGCCCAGGUGCACUACCCAUUUGAGAACAGGAGCGAGUUUGAGGACACCUUCCCGGCAGAUUUCAUCGCUGAGGGCAUUGACCAGACUAGAGGAUGGUUUUACACAUUGCUUGUGCUCUCAACCGCUCUGUUUGGAAAACCUCCGUUCAAGAACGUGAUUGUCAACGGAUUGGUUCUUGCAAGUGAUGGGCAGAAAAUGAGCAAACGCAAGAAGAAUUAUCCAGAUCCAAACCUGAUUGUGCAGAACUACGGUGCUGACGCACUUAGACUGUAUCUGAUCAACUCUCCCGUGGUGCGUGCAGAAAACCUGCGCUUCAAAGAAGAGGGGGUAAGAGACAUCCUUAAAGAUGUCUUCUUGCCCUGGUACAACGCCUAUCGCUUUCUGGUGCAGAAUGUCCAAAGACUACAAAAGGAAGAGGGCAUAGAGUUCCUGUACAACGAGAGGACAGCCAGUGUGAGCGACAACAUCAUGGAUAAAUGGAUCCAGUCCUUCACUCAGUCACUCAUUCAGUUCUUCAAAGAUGAGAUGGGAUCAUACAAACUCUACACAGUGGUUCCCAAGCUUGUCAAGUUUGUCGAUAUGCUCACCAACUGGUAUGUGCGGACAAACCGCAGGCGACUGAAGGGUGAGAGUGGUACAGAGGACUGCAUGAGUGCCCUGGAGACCCUCUUCAGCGUGCUGUUCUCCAUGUGCAGACUGAUGGCCCCGUUCACUCCAUUCAUAACGGAGCUGAUGUAUCAGAACUUGCGUCAUUUAAUUGAUCCAGUAUCCGUGGAGGAGAAGGACGCUGGAAGUAUUCAUUAUCUCAUGCUGCCACAUCUGAGGGAGUCUCUGAUUGACAAGCGCAUUGAGAAUGCUGUAUCCCAGAUGCAGUCAGUCAUUGAGCUGGGCCGUGUCAUCAGAGACAGGAAGACCCUUCCAGUCAAGUAUCCACUGAAGGAGGUGGUGGUGAUCCAUCAGGACCCUGAAGCUCUCAGAGAUAUCCAGUCCCUACAAAAGUAUAUACUGGAGGAGCUGAAUGUUCGCCAACUCACUCUGUCUGUUGACAAGGACAAAUACGGUAUUUGUCUGCGGGCCGAACCAGAUCACAUGGUGCUGGGCAAGCGGCUGAAAGGAGCAUUUAAAUCUGUUACUGCAUCCAUCAAAGAACUGAAGAGUGAAGAGCUGGAGGCCUUCCAGAGGACAGGAUCCAUUAUUGUUGAUGGUCAUGAGCUACAUGAGGAAGAUCUGCGUCUGAUGUACACAUUUGAUCAGACCUCAGGAACGGCAUCACAGUAUGAGGCCCAUUCAGAUGCCCAGGUCCUGGUUCUUCUUGACAUCACCCCGGAUCAGUCCAUGGUUGAUGAGGGGGUGGCACGUGAAGUCAUUAACCGCAUUCAGAAACUACGCAAGAAGGGUCACCUGGUCCCAUCAGAUGAGAUCACAAUAUAUUACAGCAGUCAGCCGGCUGGGGAAUACCUGGAUAUAGUCAUCCAAAAUCAUACUGAUUUCAUCUUGGCCACUAUAAAAGCCCCAUUGAAGCCAUACCCUGUAUCUAAGACUGCCAAUGUGAUCGUCCAAGAGAAAACUCAGUUGAAAGGCUCAGAUCUGGAUUUAACCAUUGUGAGAGAGGCCGCCAUCUCCAGAGGCCCCCUGACCACUUCAGCCUGUGCUUAUGUCAACAUCAAGAUCACUCUGAAGGACAAACAACAAGAGGGUGUAGUUCUGCUGGAGAAUCCUAAGGGAGAAAACAUACUGGAUAUUGAGAGACUGAAGAUGGUUUGCUGUAGUGUCUUCGAACUCAGCAGAGCUCCUCUGGCUGUAUUUAAUGGGAAAACAGAGUUAAAACCAAAGACCAAUUUGAUGGCAUUGAGCGGGAAAACUCUGACAGUGACCUCAGGUUCAAGUCCUGCAGAUGUGGCCAGUUCAGACUCUCUCCUGUGUCCUUAUGUUAACCUGCAACUUAUCAACACCAGUCCAGCAGAAUGUCAGACUGGAGAUGUGGGGACGCUGCUGUUAAUGAAUCCAUUGGGUAAAAAUGGGUUACAAUAUCCUGAACUGCUGAAUGAAACCGCUAAAGUAUUUGGCCUGAGAGGCAGAAGACUGAAGCUCUACAUGAACGAAGACCUUACAGAAGAAUUGACAGAGACAUCCUCUCUAAAGGCACUGAACACGAAGACUCUGUUUGUGCAAGUUCAGCCCACUACUGCAGAAGCAUAGUGACCUUAGACAUCCAGCAGGCUCUCUCACUUAACACGAAUCAGAUUGAAGAGUUACAGCUACACCUCUUACACAUUUUUUCCGACAUCUGUUGAUCAUCUAAUUAUUUUCUUGGCUUUGAAUUAAUGGUGUUCAAAUAAAUCAAUCAAACAUAACUGUUCAUGACUGUUUAGAAAAGGUAGUUAUGAAACUGAUAUUCUCUAAUAUACUGAAACUGAUAUACUGUUACUAUCAGUUGUGCAAGACUUGAACUGUACUUUGCAAUUAUGGUUUCUUUUGGGGGAACUUUGAAUAAACCUUUUAAUGGGAAAUAAAACAUUUCUUUUAAAAUAUUCAGUGACUUAUUCAUUUGACAUU